UAUUGAUGGCGCCAUGAAUGUACCGAUUGUGGGAGAACCUCCAGAGAGUAUAUAAAGUAAACCCGUUUCGCACCUUUGAUCAUACUUUAUUUUCUGUUUCCGCGUCGUGUGUACUCGUCGUUCCUGUAGAACAACUGAACGCUCUUCGUGAUCUGGGGAUUUUUUUGUUUUAAAUGGCGCUUCGUGCGAUCGCGCCGCUACACGAUCAUACUUAUAGGUUAGGUACAUUUUCAAUGUACCAACUUACAAAUAAAUCAGUUGUGUAGAAUGUAAAAACACUGUGGUACUCCUGUUUCAUUGCUAUUCAUUCAAAUGUACUUAUGGGAUUCCUCGUUUCAGUUGGAAUUAUUUUAUCUAACAGUGAAUGAUUGCACGCAACGCCGACUGUUUUGAAACGUUUUGAUUGACGGUUACCUGUUUAAUAUGAAGAAUUUAAGCCAGUUUAUUUAUAUAUUAUUUAAUGUUUGCUGUAUGUUUUUUAUUAUUAAUUGCGAAGAGGAAGCUUAUUUUGAAAAUGUAUCGGACUCAGAAGAUUUGAUUGAUCCACAUUCAUUUUUUUAUGAUAAGCAUAACAAGAGAAUGAUUAAGGAAUCAGGAGACAAUAUAAAAACGGAAGAUACUUCAGAAAAAAUUAUGAGUGAAAACAAGGAUACAAAAGAAUGUAAUUGUGUAAGCCAAGUAAAUAAUUGUGAAAACCAUGAAAUAGUUUUUUAUAAGCGUCUUAUUAAUUUAUUAUUAGCAAACAUUAAUAUAAAGGAGGAGGAUGACAUAUCAUUAGUAGGAGUAUUAGAAAUUGAAAUAUCUCACGCACAAAUGAAAAUCCUGCAAGAUUUUCAUCCACAAAAAAUUUCGUUAAGAAAAGUUGAUGAAAUUUUAAGUCAUGUAAUAAAAAAACCUCAGUACAUCUUUGGAGUUACAUACUUUUUUGAUUCGUUGCUUAACAAAUUUGAAAUGGCUUUUAAGAUUAUUCAAGAUCAUCCAGAUGGAGCUAUAAUUGUAUUUCUAAUAUUAAUGAUGGGUUUAAUGUUGAGAAUGCUUAAACAAAAUCGUAGAUUUCCGUUGUUUAUUAUGAUACAAAUUAUAUUUGUUUCAAGUUUCUUUAUGACUUGGUGGCAACUUGUACAAGAGGCGGAAAUUAAGGCUGUCGCACAGCAAAUGAAAUUUGCAAAUGUACCAAUAUCUUGUCAACCAGACAAAAUGACCAUGUGGGAUAAAUUUGUUUCAUUUGUAACUUCGAAUGAAGAUUGUGAAAAAUAUUAUGAAGCAAUGAUGUCUAAUCCAAAAUUAAAAAUUACACCUGCACAUGCAUUAUCCCAUUUUAUUACUACAGUUAUUCUGCAUCCGGUUACUCACAUAGGAACUGUUAUUUCUGUUUUUAUAAAUAAUGCAACGGAUGGCUUAUCAUGGACAUAUGCGUGGAUCAUUAAAUUUAUGCUUUUCUUAUGUGUAGCUGUAGUUAUAAUUAUGAUACCAAUGUGUUUGUCUGGCGCAGCUCUUAAUUUUGGCAUAGGGCCAUUACUAAGAUUUGGAAUUGAUUAUAAGAAAAGAGAUAGAAAAGGUAAUUCAUUAGAAUAUGAAACGAAACGAGAACCCAUACAAAUAAUUCUUCAGGUGCAACAGGGUACGAGUGUACCAGCCGUGACAGAUGCACCAGCCACAGAGCAAUUGAACCAAAUAGAAAUGACUAAAACGAAUGUCGAAAAAAAUGAUACGAAGAUCAUUGACACAGAUUUAUCUAGCGGCGACACCAUAAAAAGUAUCGAAUUUUUAAAACACGAUGAAGAAGAAUUUCAACAAAGUAAAAACGUAGUUGAAAAUGAAACUAAGUGUAAUGAUGGAAGUGGAGAUAAAUGAUAUCUAUUAAUAUUACUAAUAGUACUAAUAUUUCUUUAAAUGUAAAUGUUUAUGUCAAUUAAUACUUGUAAAUGAAAUAAGUGUUCACUGUAUAUUAAUUUGACAUUUUGCAUUCAUACUAAAACACGUUAAAAUAUAUUUUACACGUAUUUGUAUCUGCGAUGAUCAUUAUUUUUAAUUAUUAAUUGUUUAGAUUUUGUUUUAUCAUAUUUAUUUACGUUGUUAUUGAAUAAUAACUGUCUUAAUUUAUAUUGGCGUAAUUAUUAUCAAAGCGCUUAAUGCUGGAGUAUUAUAACAAUUUAUCUGUAUUAAACUAUUUACAUUC